UGACGUGCCAUGCCAUCAGCGCUUCCUACCCAGUCAGGCUCAGUCAAGACUCAAGCAACUCUGCAUGUUACGUGCUCGAGCCAGCACUUUCUGGCGUGUUCCAAACACGAGACUUGUCUGGCACAUGCCCUACACAAGUCGCGCUUUCAGACGUACAGUCACUACUGUCCCACAAGUCCACUUGAAACUGAAAAUGGCAAGUCGUACCGAGCCUCUUCAACCUACCGAUGGGCCAAUGGUGUGGAUUGAUUGCGAAAUGACUGGCCUCGACCCAGAGACAGACAGGAUCAUGGAAAUUGCUGUCCUAAUCACGAACGGAAAUCUGGAAUUGGUCGAUGAAGGCAUAGAAUAUGUCAUCAGAGUGGACAAAGAACAUCUGGAUGGAAUGGGUGAAUGGUGCAGGAAACAGCAUGGGCAGUCAGGAUUAACAAAUGCAAGCGUCUCCUCCCCUUUCACGAAGGACUACGUUUCGGAUGCAGUUUUCAAGUACAUCAAGAAAUGGAUACCUGCGGAACGGAAAGGUGUUUUGGCUGGAAAUUCAGUUCAUAUGGACCGUGUUUUUCUCAUGAAAGAGAUGCCUGAAGUUGUGGACUGGUUACACUAUCGAAUAAUCGAUGUAUCGUCCGUAAAGGAACUCGUUAGUCGGUGGUAUACUCACCCUUCGCAGCGAGUACCAAGCCUUGUUCAAGGCACCGAUGACCGCCACAGAGCCUUGAGCGACAUUAAGGCGUCUAUACGAGAGUUAAAAUGGUAUCGUGAACAUGCCUUUGUCACGCCACUUCGGUAACAAGAAGCCUUCUUCGUACUUGUAUGCUCAGUUUUUGAGUACUGUAAAUAACCGGGUACAUUUUUCCGAUGUUAUUAUUGGUUGAUGAGUGAGCCUAUAUGUGUUUGAGC